ACUUCCGGCUCGAUCACAACAUCAGCUGUUGUGGCCAAGAUGGCGCUCAACCUGACGGAGCCAGAGGUUCCUCUGGACACCGACCAAGCUGGGGACCCGGGGAAAUGUGCUCUGAGGCGCUGCAGAGGGAGACCCAGGCUCACGGACACAGACCGGGCCCAGAGGCGCCUCGAGUCCCGGAAGAAGUACGAUGUCCGGAGGGUUUAUCUGGGGGAGUCCCACAAACUGUGGAGCGAGCUCCGCAGGCGGACUCGACUGAGCGACGCUGGACUGGCGGAAUAUCUGAUCCUGCUCAACUCCACGUAUGGAGACAGCUACCAGGAGACUCACUGCGGGAAGAAGAUUGUUCCAGAAGAAGUACAACAGAAAAAAGGCAGAAAGGAGAGUGUGUCGAGCCUUCAGAGCCUCGUGUGCUGGUACCAGGAACACUCCCGCUCCUGCUCUCACGAACCGCAGCUCAAGACUCUGGAGCUCCAGCCCAACUUCUCCACUGCCGCUCUGUGGCAGUGUGACUCCAACCACUCUUUUGUGCAAUACCUUUUCUCACCACCGAGGGAGGCAAGUGACUCUGAACAGGAGGAGGAGAAUACCACAAAAGCGGACUUGCUCUCGGCUAAAAGCACAGUGAGCAGCAGGAGGAGGAGAAAAGAGACUCACAAACUAUUCAAAGAUGUGGGAGAAAACGAGGAUGUGUCUGAGGUACAGCAUGCAACCACGAGCCUGAUCGAAGACGCUGUUUCUCUAAACCACCAGACGAGUGUCGAGGCUUCUUCCAAGGAUGUCCCGCUGAUGGGGCAGCCUGUGUGGGAGAUAGAGAUGGAAGAACGGCAGGGCUCCCCCGCUGCAGCAUUUGUCUCCAUCUCCUCAGAAGAGGAGGCCGAGGAUCUGAGGCAGAGCAGAGACGGAGGGGAAGGAGAGAAACUCAGAGAAGAAGAAGAAGAAGACGACAUCAGGACUGUACCACAUAAUUAUAAUUGUGUUACCAUGACAACACCCUUAGCCGACAAACUGGAGAAGACGGACGAGGACUCGGUGCCGUCGCAGAGCUUGAGCGGCCACGUCGAACUGUCGGUCCCAUCAAUCCCAGCGCCCAUUCAGGUCCAAGAGCAGAGUGAGCUGUUCCACCCUCAGACUCUGCAGACGGUGGUGACCAGCUGUGAGAUUCCUGACCAGAGGACGUCUUUGGAGGGCUCACAGUUAAUUAUAAUCACUGGCCCCAGCUACGAGGCCCUGGCAUCAGAGGGCAUCCAGCUCAACAUGGGCGGAGGAACCGUGGAGGAAGUCACCUGCACAGUCAUCGGGGGCGUCACCUACAACCAGGUUUGCUCCUGUGACUCAAAAAUGACCACAGCGGAGGACGAAGACUCCAUGACAGGUUUGAGUGACAAACAGCUGCUGCAGCCGGCUGAUGCUCUGGAACUCAGUGGUGACAGAGAACUGCAAAGGAAUCUGAGCAGUGUCAGGUCAAAGAGAAACAGACGAGGCCCAGUCAUCGAGGCGGACGGGAUGCUCAAGAUGUUCCACUGUCCGUACGAGGGCUGCAGUCAGGUCUACGUAGCGAUCAGCAGCUUCCAGAAUCACGUGAACCUGGUUCACAGGAAAGGGAGGACCAAGGUUUGUCCUCAUCCAGGCUGUGGAAAAAAGUUCUACCUGUCAAAUCACCUGCAUCGCCACAUGAUCAUCCAUUCAGGGGUGAGAGAUUUUAUCUGUGAGACGUGUGGAAAAUCGUUCAAGCGAAAGAAUCACCUGGAGGUUCACAGGCGGACCCACACAGGAGAAACGCCACUUCAAUGUGAAAUCUGCGGCUACCAGUGUCGCCAGCGUGCCUCCCUGAACUGGCACAUGAAGAAACACACUCCAGAAGCUCACUACAACUUCACCUGUGAGUUCUGCGACAAGAGGUUCGAGAAGCUGGACAGCGUUAAAUUCCACAAGCUGAAGAGCCACCCAGAUAAGCAGGCGACCUGAGGCGCUCGAGCAAACGCUGCUGACAGGAGCUGGAGAAGAACGGGUUCAUCCUCACUAACCGAAGGAAGACUUCCAGCGAGGACAGAGACGUUCCUCCGCCGGGGUUGUGUUGCUUCUCUCGUCCAAGAGGUCAAGGAUCGCCUGUGAACACAAACAGUGGACAAGCCACUCUGACUGCUGUGCAGGAAACAGCAAGAGAGAAAAUCUUAAUCCACUGUUAAUAACUGACCAUCCGAUCCUGGUGACGCAACCGUAACCAGACUUGGCAGCUCUACUCCGGACUUUUAGAGUUUUGGAAACGCUGCUGGUCCCGUUUUUUGAUUUAAAAAGUCUAGACGGACAGAAACAGCCUUUUUCGGUCACAACGUAGCCUUCGCUGAUUCGUCAGGCUCCUGUCACAUGACCCCCUUCUGUAGGAAAACAACCAACGUCAGCCUCGGCGUCCAGUUUAGAACACAACAUGGAGAAUCAAUUACAAGUGUUACUGACCCUGUUGUCUUUAUUUGCUAUGAUACAACAUAUAUUAUUUGAGCAAACUGACACCGACCAAACGGUUUCUGUUUGGUGCUGUUUUUCUCAUUUCUCAAAAUCAGUUAGUUAAUGUUUUUUUGGGAGCUCGUCUGGGAUUCUACGAUAUCGGUAACGUUAGCUACUCUGCCCUGCUCCUACCUGGGUCUGAGAGAGUCCCACAACAAAGCCUGAUGUUAGCUGACGUAGCAUCGCGCUCUUCAAACACACAGUUAAUGUUAAAAUCCUCCUUAUGAAGCCGUUUUCUUUCCAUGAAGAUGGAAUGUGUGAGAUACGCAGCUAACGUUGAGCAAAGUCACUUUAGGGCAAAGUAACAAUCUAAUCUUACAUAUUUCCUUAUCGUUCUUUAAACACAAGAAGCUCUCACAGGAAUAUUUAGACACUCUCUUUAAUCCCAUGUUUUACACACGGACAUUUAAGUGAUGAGGCUUUUUGCCUGGGACUUGCUGCUCUGCCCUCUCAGUGGGGGACAGGGGACAGUGUUUUCAGCAGCGUGUGGAGCUGAUAUGACUCGGCUUAAUCGGUUGCCUGGUAGUUUCCAUGUUCUUCCCGUGUUUGCGUUGGUUUUCUCCGGCUCCGUCCCACAGUCUACAGACAUGCAGACGGGGGUUCGGUUAAUUGGAGACAGAAGAAUGGUCCUUUAGGGAUAACGUGUGAUUUAAAUAUGAUUACUUGGCCCUUUAAUACACAACUAAGAAAGAUUAUAGAUGACAAGCAGUGCGGUGGGUGAAGAUAUGACUACUUGCCGUGUGCUGCGUACACUUGUGCUUGUAGUGACACAUGUCGGCUCUUUCAUGUCAGUCGUUGAAAUGUCAGCAUCUGUUGCGUGGGACACGAGCCUCCAUCUUACGUUGUGGUCCUGACUUACAGGAGCAGAUGAAUCCUGUAAGUCGUAGUCACGGGACAAUUUCUCAGGAAAAUUCACCUCAGUCGUCCCGUUCUUGUGUCCUGUCUGUAUUUCAGUUCCUGACUAAUGAUUCACUAAAAAUACGAACAUGA